CCUUUUUUAUUCGCACCUCGUUUUCGUGGACGCUAUUUUAAAUGGCUUCCUAGCGCGGAUACUAUUUUGAAUGGCAUUUUUGUUGAUCCUUUGUCAAACUCAUCACAUCUCACCCCCUCACCAUAAUUUUCAUGAAGUCCACCCCAAUUCUGGUAUCUCCAAUUCUACAGUAUUCCUAUACAGUAAAAAGCCCUAAUAACUCGACGCCAUUUCUGCUCUAUUUCUGCCUGUGCGUUCCUCUCACCUAAUAUCUGUUUGCACGUUUCUUUAUCUGUGCAACCAAUUAUCAAGAAACCCAAUUUCUCACCGCUCAAUAUGAAACCUCACAAACUCCUGAAUUCUCAAAUUCUUUUACACCAGAAGUUCAAACUCGCCACUAUCAUCCUCACAAACCAAUGUCACUCCGGUGCACCUCUCUCUUCAACCCCAUGCUCAAACAUCGACCAUCAACAGACAGAAACUCUCUAUCAAAGCUUCUCCACAGACUCACCUCCAGUAAGCACAGGUCAGACUUUGCUUAAUUCAAUACAAUCUUCUCAGUGGCAUUUUGUCAAACACCUUGCUCGGAACUUGACGCCCGCACUUAUUUCCUCCACUCUAUCGUCUCUCCACAAAACACCGGAUUUAGCUCUUCAAUUUGUAACCCACAUUGGAUUUACGAAUCUCGAUAUCAAAACCAAAUGCCUUGCUAUUGCAGUAAUCUCUCGCUCACCAUCCCCAAAACCUACCUUGCAACUCUUAAAACAGACGAUCGCUAGUGGCAAUUCUACCAUUAAGGAUAUUUUUUAUGAACUGGCAGUUGCUCGGGAUCGGUUAAAUGCUAAAAGUAGUGUACUUUUUGAUUUGUUGAUAAGAGCUUGCUGUGAACUGAAGAAAGGUGAUGAUGCUUUUGAGUGUUUUAACAUGAUGAAGGAAAAAGGUGUAGUUCCUAAGAUUGAAACGUGUAAUGAUAUGUUGAGUUUGUUUCUGAAGUUGAAUCGGACCCAGACUGCAUGGGUUUUGUAUGCAGAGAUGUUUAGAUUAAGGAUUAAGUCAACAGUGUAUACAUUUAACAUAAUGAUCAAUGUUUUGUGCAAGGAAGGGAAAUUAAAGAAGGCAAAGGAGUUUAUUGGGUUUAUGGAGGGUUUAGGGGUGAAGCCUAAUGUUGUUACAUAUAACACAAUAAUUCAUGGAUAUUGUUGGAGAGGGAGAGUCGAAGGUGCUCUAAUGAUUGUUGAUGUGAUGAAAAGUAAGGGGCUGGAGCUUGAUUCAUAUACAUAUGGUUCACUUAUUAGCGGGAUGUGUAAGGAGGGAAGACUGGAGGAGGCAUCUAGGAUGCUUGAGAAAAUGAAAGAAAUUGGACUACUACCAAAUGCUGUGACUUAUAACAUCUUGAUUGAUGGGUAUUGCAAUAAAGGGGAUUUGAAUAAGGCUUUUGGUUAUAGGGAUGAGAUGGUUGGGAGGGGCAUAUUGCCAACCGUGUCUACUUAUAACUUGUUGAUUCAUGCAUUAUUUUUGGAAGCUAAGAUGGAUGAAGCUGAUGAUAUGAUAAAAGACAUGAGAGAUAAUGGGAUGGUUCCCGAUUCUAUAACAUAUAACAUCUUGAUUAAUGGAUAUUGCAGAUGUGGGAACGCAGAGAAAGCAUUUAGCCUCCAUGAUGAAAUGGUAUGUAGAGGCAUUCAGCCAACACGGGUAACUUACACAUCGCUAAUUUAUGUUUUGGGUAAACGGAAUAGAAUGAAAGAGGCUGAUGACCUUUAUGAAAAGAUAGUCAUCGAAGGUAUAUUUCCAGAUCUUAUAUUGUUCAAUGCCUUGAUUGAUGGUCACUGUGCUAAUGGGAAUAUGGAUCGUGCAUUUGCAUUGUUGGAGGAGAUGGAUAGAAGGAAAGUUAUUCCUGAUGAAGUGACUUACAAUACCCUAAUGCAAGGCCGUUGUAGGGAGGGAAAAGUUGAAGAAGCUCGUGAGCUUCUUGAAGAGAUGAAAAGUAGAGGAAUCAAACCUGACCAUAUUAGUUACAAUACUCUGAUUAGUGGGUAUAGCAGAAGAGGUGAUAUGAAUGAUGCUUUUAGAGUUAGAGAUGAGAUGCUGAGUAUAGGAUUCAAUCCUACACUUCUCACUUAUAAUGCCCUCAUACAGGUUUUAUGCAAAAACCAGGAAGGAGAUCAUGCUGAAGAGCUCCUCAAAGAAAUGGUUAGCAAAGGCAUUGUUCCUGAUGACAGCACCUACAUUUCUUUGAUUGAGGGGAUGCAGAAAGUUGAUGAUGUUUUGAGUAAUACUGAUUCAUAAUCAAUUUGUAUGACUAAAGUUUAAAUCUUUGUUAUAAAAUGGUGUUUCAAAAGGAAUAUUCAUCUUUGUUUUACAUGGAGGGGCAUUUCUUAUAUGUGAUAUUUUUCAUGACUUUAGUUCACAAGUUCUGGCAGGCUUAGGUCAGAAACCUGCCUUUCCUAAUAAGUUUGCAACAAUGGACUGGGAUGCUGAAUGGGGUUCAUUGUGAAGAGCUACUUGAGUUUUGAAGGAUAAAAGGUUUACUGCAAGAAUGCCAAAUACAAAGCUUCGAUCAUGUAUAUGUAUUUAGCUUCUCUGUUGUACUACUUUGUAUCUUAAAGUUGAUGGAAUCAAUAUAGAAGGCAUUAUUUAAUGGAGUAACAAUUUAGUUUGCAACAGAUAGAACAACCAGUUAAUAUGAAAAACAUACCAAACCCCGUGAUUUGUGUAUCUUGGAAGAAUAAAAUAGCUUCUAUUUUUUCCCCCUCCAAUUUGUUUCCCCUUUUCCUAGUUCUGAUGUCACAGCCUUGCCUGGCCUCAAGCCUUAUCUUCCCUUUUACAGUUUUAAUUAUUCUAUGACAUAUCAGUUCAAAAAGAAAAACUAUAACCUUAGACAUUCUGCUCUUCUCAUUUCGUUGCAAUCUUUUCAAUUUGAAGUUCCUAGUUAAUUGUAGGUCGUGCUUCUAAGUAUGAGACAAAUUUUCAAAGAAAAGGUAAUCAUGUUAUCAUUUUCAUAUGCUUAAUCAUUCUGGUUCAUAUAUGAAUCAGGGUUUUAUUUGCCUAAGACAGAAGCCAUGUAAGGCUAUUUUCUGCUGGAUCUUUUUCAAUUUAACAUUCAGUUAGCUUGCAGAGUUCUGUUGCUUUUGUUGAAUUUAUUCUGACUAUUUUGCAUAAUAUAUAUCCCCAGUCGGGACUUUAGUGUGUAAUCUGAUGAUGGGUCACAACUUUAUUUGUUUUGUGCUUAAUAUGCUGGUAUUUGUCCCAGCUAGGGAGAGGUUGGUUCUCCAGCCUGAUAUGCUGGAUGAGAUAUCAAGGGGCAUUAACUUUAUUUGUGAAUGAAAAGAUACUUGAGUAUUAGUUAGCCUGUUUGCUGGCUUAUGCAAUUAUCCUAUGUGUAUGGUUCCACCCCUGACUUCAACCCCUUCCCCUUGCUCUUUAGUCUGCAACAGAAAACCUGACUAAUAAACUAGUUUUCUUUUGUGGUUGGCGUGUAUCCAGAACCAGACCUAAUGUUCUCAGCUUUUAGUUUCUUUGGAACAUGAACAGCUUGGGUUAGUUUCUAUCAUUUGUCACAUCAAGCUUGUUCAUGCAACUAGGCAUAAUUUGUGUGGCUUAAAACAAGGGUCCUCUUUGGCUUUGUUUCUGUUGUUGCAGUGAUCCGUGAUGCACUCAGUCACGAUUUUUUGAACACCAGAACUGUUUCUCUCUUAUGCUAGGGGCCUGACAUCUUGAAAAAUCCCUUGUUUGCUGGAUCACAUGGCUGCCUGUGGAUUUUUUAGCUUCAGACUUUUUUUUUUUUUUUUUUUGAAAAUUGCUUCAGUAAUUUAUGUAUGUGGAUAAGUUUAUUUUGUUCUUUUGCAUGGCUUGAUAUCAUCCAAAAUUUCAAGAAAAAUAAGUGAGGUCCAUGAAAUGUUCUAUUGUUGUCACUUUGAUCGACUCCAUUAUUCUUAUGUGUAACUAAUAUUUAAGACCUUUAGGAAAGCUGAGGAGGAAAAAGGCAAAUACAGAAAGAGACUAUUGUCCAAAGAACAUAAAUUGGCAUAAUAACUUCAAAUGUCCAACUUAUGGACAUUGUUGGCUUUUCUUUAAUUUCUUUACUAUGAUUCUUCCAGGAUUCAUACAACAUUUUCCUGGUGCUGUGAAACUUUAACUUUGCAAAAUGGUGUGACUCAAACACGAACAUCUUUCAGAUACUGCUACAGUAGCAAGGGCAUAUUCUACCUGCUUUGGCUUUAAUCCUCCUUGGAUUAUGGCACACCAUCAACACUAUCAGAGCCUACUGCCUCAAAGGCUCUACUAACUUCAAUGUGAAGUUUUGGUACCCAUUUCACAGCCCUCUUUCACGACUCAAACACUUGGAGCUUAUCUUCAUCCUGUUUUUCUCUGUCUUUGCAAUUUUUUUGCAACUUUUAGAUUUCCCUUUCCUCCACUUUGCUUUCAAGCUUGACAACUUUGAACAUGCAACCAUGUUUCUUCAUCUUGCCAUAUUUGCAGGUUUCACACUUUCUGCAGAGGUAACUCAUUCAUCUGAAAUCCUUUCUGGGGUCAGCGGAAUACUUGCAGCCUCUGUUUUUUGUCAAGAACUUUUCCUGCUCCAUUUCCACUCAACUGACCAUGUUGGACUUGAAGGUCAUUAUCAUUGGCUUUUGCAGCUCAUAGUGUUUGUGUCCCUUGUGUCAGCUUUAGCUGCAACUAGUUUUCCAUCCAGUUUUCCUGCAGCUCUUGUUCUUUCGAUUUCUGUUGUAUUCCAAGGCUGUUGGUUUAUGAUCAUGGGGUUUGUGCUAUGGAUUCCUGGAUUUGUACCUAAGGGUUGUGCUAUUCAGUUGCCUGAGACCAGCACUUAUGACAUACAUGGAGCAGUCGCUUGCGGAUCUAUUGAUGCAGACUUAAGGGCUAGGGCCCUGGCCAAUUUGCAAUUUAGUUGGAUACUGUCUGGAAUUUUGUUGUUCACUGGGUGUGUUUGCCUGAAAUUAGCUGAAAGGUGCACCUCAAGGGGCCAGUCAACUGAGUAUGAGCAGCUUUGCAUUAGAGGUACAGAUGUCCCUAUAGCCAUUGUUGGCUUCAAGGAAGCUCGUCCUUGAGAUAUUGCAUUAUGCAGAAUAGUGCACUUUUAUGCCCAUUAUUAACACUUGGAUUAUUGUAGAUGUUGAACUUUUGGUCAGUGCUCAUCCGAUAUGCCCCUAUUCCUGUGAAUUUUGACCUGUCAUUAUUAAGCCCUCCUGAAGCCAAGGCGAAGUUAGAAUUUUGUGGCUUUUCUUAUCAGAUAUAGAUACCUUUCGGGGCAACUUCUAUAAUAUAUGAAAGUUGAUGUCAUGUACAUUUUAGAAUGGCAAAUAAUGCCUGGCUGAGAUUUCAUCCCUGUGCUUGUAAUUAAAACUAUGAAGCUUGUAGUUCUGUUGCUCUUCUGAGUGAUGCAACUUGUCAAUGGUUAAAAAUAGAAGCAAUUUAUAAUAACACAAACAUAUUUAUUAGCGAUUUA